AUGGCUCUUCAACGACAAGAAAUCAAAGAUCGCUUGGAUGCUGCACCACAUAGUAAAACAAUUGUCGAUUUAGAUGAAAUCAUUGAAAAAUGGGUAUGGAAAAUGUGGGAAUUAUCAAAACGUUCACGAGAAGAUUCGAAAUAUCGUCGUGAAGAACUUGAUGUAAAAAUAAAUUGGAAACGUGUUAAUUUUUGGCAAUCUGAAGCUGUUUUUGCUCGACCAGCUCAAUUACGAAUGCCAAAAUCUCAAAUAUUAUUUCGAACACAUUUUUCAAAUAAUACUGAAAGUGAACAAGAAUAUUCAUUACGUGCUGAACGUUCAACAAUGACAACAUUAAAUUUUACAUUUAUGCGUGGUUUUACAAAAGAAAAAGAAGGUUGUGUAACAUUUAAAUUACCAAAUGAAGUUUUAGAAGUUGGUGGUGGUCUUCGACAUGAACAACGUGUUGAUUAUGGAAGAGAUUCAACAUUUGAAACACAAAUGACUUGGUCAGCUGAUUCAGCUAUUCGUGUUGCACCACAUUCAAAAGCUAAUGCUGAAUUAUGUAUUACGGAAGAAGAAUAUGCAGCUGAUUUUUCUAUUGAAGUGCGCUUUAGUGGAAGAAUAUCAGCUAUGAUUAGUACACGAAAUAAUACAGGUGGUUAUUAUAAAUAUAUGGAAGGUGAUUUAGCAACAAUAUUUGCUGAUUUAUUACGUACAGGUGGCAUUGGUACAAGUUCAGGUCAAUUUGAGGUUCACGAACAAACACAAACAGUUCGAACAGUAAUGACAGGAAAAUGUGCAUUUCGAUAUGGAAUCGAACAACAUGUUAACGUUGAACAAGAAAAAUUACCAACUUUACCUUCAUCAUCAGUAAAAACAAAUGAACCGCCACCUAAAUAUCGACCACUUUUUAUUUCGAAUAAUGCUCAUUAA